UCUAAGCGCACUUUACUCUCAAGCUUUUAUCGCACGAGUGCUGCGACUGCCAUGAACUUCCCAGACUACGAUGAAAACACCGCGUUCCUGGGAGACUGGGGACCUUUUCAAAGGACGGUGUUUAUUCUUUUGUGUUUGAGCAUUAUUCCGAAUGGCUUCACGGGUUUAUCCAUGGUUUUCAUUGGCGAUACACCCGCUCAUCGCUGUCUCAUUCCCGCAGCUCUGAACAUCACGGCUGAAUGGAGAAACGCGUCUAUUCCUCUGGAUGAGGAGGAUGAGAACGAAGAUUCUCGACUCAGCAAGUGUUCAAGACACCGAAUGGACAUCGUGAAAAGCUAUUCGGACCGAGGUUUGCUCCCGUGGGUGGAUGUGAAUGUCUCGGCUAUUCCCCGAGAAGGCUGCGUGGACGGCUGGGAGUAUGAUAAUGGGACAUACAUCUCCACGAUUGUUUCAGAGUGGGAUCUGGUGUGUUCAGAUGACUGGAGGGCUCCGCUGACCUCCUCAAUCUUCUUCUGUGGUGUUUUGACUGGCUCUGUGAUCUCUGGACAGAUGUCUGACAGGUUUGGCAGGAAAAUAGUGCUGUUUGUUACCAUGGGGAUUCAGACAGUAUUCACCUUCAUCCAAGUCUUCUCCCCAUCUUGGCUGAUUUUUUGUUUGCUUCUUUUCCUUGUUGGAAUGGGCCAAAUCUCAAACUACGUGGCAGGGUUUGUGUUAGGAAUGGAAAUACUGAGCCCCUGCAUUCGUGACAUCUUCUCCACUCUUGGCGUGUGUCUGUUCUUUUCUAUCGGGUACAUGAUGCUUCCACUGGCUGCCUACUUCUUGCGAGACUGGAGAAUGCUGCUGCUGGCCUUCACCGUCCCUUGUUUGUUCUACGUACCCCUCUGGUGGUUUAUUCCAGAGUCUCCGCGAUGGCUGGUGUCUCAGGGGAGAGUGGCCGAGGCUGAGGUCAUUCUGAGAAAGGCUGCCCGGAUGAAUGGGGUUGAGGCCCCUGACGUCAUUUUCCCUCCAAUUCUAUCGAGGGAAAAUGCUGGAAAGUUGCAGAGCUACAGUCUCUUUGACCUGGUGAAGUCCACUAACAUCCGCUGCAUAACCGCCCUGCUGUUCCUGGUCUGGUCAUCUGUUUCAAUUGGAUACUCUGCCUUGUCUCUGAACACGUCCAAUAUGCAUGGAAACAUCUACCUGAACUGCUUCUUAUCAGCAGUUGUGGAAGUGCCUGCUCUCAUCAUGGCUUGGCUGAUGCUCCGCUACUGGCCAAGGCGUCUCAGCUUGUCUUCCACCCUGUCAUUUGGAGGACUGGUUCUUCUCUUCAUACACCUCAUUCCACAACAUAUGAGUUCUGUUUCCAUUUCACUGGUGAUGCUGGGAAAGUUUGGUCUGUCUGCAGCAUUUUCAAUGGCGUACCCUGCUUCCGCUGAGCUUUACCCCACUGUACUGAGGAACACAGCUUUAGGAGCCUGCUCAAUGUCAUCCAGAGUCGGCAGCAUAUUGGCACCAUAUGUCAUCUACUUAGGAGGCUAUUACAGAUCUUUGCCAUACAUCUUAACCGGCAGUCUGAAUGUCCUCUCCGGGUUACUCUGUCUUCUGCUUCCAGAGAGUCUUGGAUCACCAUUACCAGAGACUAUUAGUCACAUGCAGACAGCUGGAUUCAGAAAAAGACAUUGCAGUCCAACUGACAGAAAAUGUGAAGAGGAGUAUGAGUCUGACCACUUGUAAUGGACUAUAGAAAGAAUAAGUAUGAAAGAUUUAACCCUUCACACCAAGGCUGGAACCUUUCUUGCCAUUUGGGGGUUACAUUAUAAUGUAAUGGUUAUUUUUGGUUCUCAAUGUAACUUCAGGAUCGCUUGAAAAUUAAAGGCAGGUGUGUUUGAUUAGACUUGGAGCUGAACUUUGCAGGACAGUUGAUCGCCAGGAGCAGGAUUGGGCACCCCUGAUGUAAAGUAAUAAAUUUUGGCUUUUGGCACCUGUCAAAUAUUCUCUCUCUCUCCCCCGCCUCUCUCUCUCAGGAUGAUGAGCUGUUAUUGAGUGGAACAAAAUGGUGAAAAAUGAAAUUAGGGAGAUAUGUCAAAAUAAAGAAGAAUUUAUUGCAAA